UCUUCUUCCCCCGUACGCCCAUCAUGCUUAAUGUGGCCAACUCCAUGGGAGUAUAUAGACGACUCUCCCCACACCAUGCUCACACCGUCUCCUUGACUCGUGACUCGUGAGCAACUCAUCCCGGAGCAAUGGAUGAUGCCCUGGAGCUGUCAUGGGGGGCGCGGUGCGCGGGGCUCGCCUUCUUCAGCCUCUCCAUCUUCUCGGUGGCGCUCGGCGCGGUGCUCCUGCUCGUGCGCCGGUGGCCCAACCCCUGGUGCGGCUGUCACGUGUGCCGGGCUUACCUCACGGGGUCGUGGGCCAAGGACUUCACCAACCUCGCCGACUGGUACGCGCACCUGCUGCGCGAGUCGCCGACGGGCACCGUCCAGGUCCACGUCCUCGGCUGCACGGUCACCGCCAACCCGGCCAACGUCGAGUACAUGCUCAAGACCCGCUUCGACAACUUCCCCAAGGGCAAGCGCUUCGCCGCGCUCCUCGGCGACCUCCUCGGCGCCGGCAUCUUCAACGUCGACGGCGACGCCUGGCGCCACCAGCGCAAGAUGGCCAGCCUCCAGCUCGGCAGCGUCACCGUGCGCUCCUACGCCUACAAGAUCGUCGCCCAGGAGGUGGAGACGCGCCUCCUGCCAGCCCUAGCCGACGCCGCCGACGAGGGCAAGGUGAUCGACCUCCAGGACGUGUUCCGACGGUUCGCCUUCGACACCGUCUGCAAGAUCUCCUUCGGGCUGGACCCGGGCUGCCUCGACCUCGACAUGCCCAUGUCGGACCUAGCCAACGCGUUCGACACCGCCUCGCGGCUCUGCGCCAUGCGGGGCGCGGCGGCCUCGCCGUUGGUGUGGAAGAUGAAGCGGAUGCUCAACAUUGGGUCCGAGAGGGAGCUUAAGAAGGCCAUCAAGCUCGUCGACGACCUCGCGUCGGCCAUGAUUCUGCAGCGCCGGACUCUGGGUUUCGACAACACCCACGACCUCCUGUCCCGCUUCAUGGCCUCGGACGUCGCCAUGGACGACAAGUAUCUCCGCGACAUCAUCGUCAGCUUCCUCCUCGCUGGCCGGGAUACGGUCGCCUCCGCGCUUACCACGCUCUUCAUCCACCUGCACAAGAACCCUGAAGUCGCGGCCGCCAUUCGCGCGGAGGCCGGCGGCGACAAGCCGUCCACCUACGAGCACCUGAUGAGCCUGCAGUAUACCCACGCGGUGCUGUUCGAGAACAUGCGGCUGUUCCCGCCGGUGCAGUUUGACUCCAAGUUCUGCGCCGCCGCGGACGUGCUCCCGGACGGCACCUACGUGGAGGGCGAGUCACGCGUGAUGUACCACCCGUACGCCAUGGGACGCACGCCCAGCAUCUGGGGCGCCGACUACGAGGCGUUCCGCCCCGAUCGGUGGCUCACCGGACCCGGCGGUUCGUUCGCGCCGGCGAGCCUGUACAAGUACCCGGUGUUCCAGGCCGGCCUCCGUGUGUGCCUCGGCAAGGAGCUCGCCAUAACUGAGAUGAAGGCGGUCGGCGUGGCAGUGGUGAAGGCGUUCGACGUGGAGGUGGUUGGAGAGAAUGGCCGUAGUGGCUGGGCGCCGACGUUUGUGCCGGGGCUCACGGCGUCCAUCAGCGGCGGCCUCCCGGUGAGGAUCAAACGCACAACUCAAAAUUCAUAAUUCAGAUGACUAGGAGAAUGGUUUAUAGCAUGCGUGCAUUAAUCCACAGUUGAACAUGAUACUAGAAGGAUUCGCGCGCUUUGCUGCGCCGGAAGCACACUGGGGAUUGCAGUGACAUCUUUCCGCAUUUCGAUGUGUUCGCUGAAAUCUACUUACAAAAUGUUUAAUUGGUCAAUAGGGUGAAGGACCACAUUGCACAGUGGCACCAAAAUGACAUCCCCUUAAAAGCAUAGGAAAACAAUAAAUAGUCGCUUAUAUCAAAAUGCAGAUCAAUCAUGUGCGUCUACUGCUGCAGUACCAACAAAAAAUAUAUGAUCUCUAAGACGAUCAACUUUGCUGAUUCCUUUACAUCCUUCAGCGUCAGCCUGACAUUUCUUCUUUUACCUUCCAAAGCAUGAUUUAGCUGUUGAGUACCACCUAGGAAGAAGUUUCUUUUUAAGAUGUUCAGAAGCUUGCCGAUGUCACGAAUCUUGUCCUCAGAUCAUAUUCUCCUGGGAGUUGCCCACUUACAUAUUCUCUUUAUAAAAGUCAGUCAAAACAGAAUAUAGUAACAGAUUUAGAGUUUUGAUUCAAAAAUGUCAAUAACAAAAUUUGUUAACCGAAGGACAGAAAAUGGCUUUUCUGUAUAUUCAUCUUUCAAUCAAGUAUACGUGGAUAUGCAAGCUUCGCUGUGCCAGGAAUUGCAGCAAUGGCAUUUACGUUACAUAUAUGUACUAUUUAGUUCAUCUGAAUGGCCAAAACAGGGUGCACAAGAUUUUAGUAAACCAAUUAAUCCAUUUUAGUAAACAGGCUGUGAACGCAAAUUAAUGGAGCAUGCUGGGAAGAAAAUGCCACAUUUUUAAAGAUGACCAACCCAGAAUAAUGGCUCGUCUCUGAGAGUACAUCAAAGAUCAAACAGAGAACUAUGUUGAAAAUUUGACCCACUUUUUUACUAAAUAUAACACUAUUAUACAUAUAUGACUAAAUACUAUAGAAACGGAAAUAAAAUCGCUCCGGAGAUGAAUAGCACAUUCGAAGUAAAUAAAAGAUCUGAAACUUUAAAUAUGUAAAUAAUUGAUUCACAUGUAUGCUCGUACAUAUCCAUAUGAAAAUAAUAUUAUUACUGCACCCCAAAGUAAAACAGCUUUGAGCACUAAAAAUUUGCAAGCCUGAACAUUUACAUGUCUAGUUUUCAUGGGAGAAGAUUGAUGUUUGUAAGAUGUCUUUUUUCACCACCUAUGUGCAGAUCACAAGUCUAACUCCACACUUGCAUGAAGAGGAAGUCAAAUUAAAAAGCUUAGGAUGCUCACCAUAAAUACUUAGUGGAUGACCUGGAGAAAAUGCAACUUGUUUAGACCACUGUUGUAGCCUUCUCAUACUUAAAGCUUGUUUCGGCUGAUACCGGCAAUUCUAUGGUUCUUCUCUCAGUAACACGUUUAGUGAUCUCACUAUACAUUUGGGAAUUGAGAUGAAUCACUACAUGCAGGUAAUGUGAGAAUGUUACACCAAUAAGUAUCUUAAUAAUCUAUGCUUACACUGUCACAUUUCAUAAGUAUAGAUAUCAGGUGUCACCAUAAAUUAACUACCUACAGAAUGAGGGGUGGAAAUUCAUGUUCAUUCAAAUUAUCUUACCAUCCAGAUAAAUCAAAAAAGGCUAAUGCAACUGAUUCCACACAAAAAAUUGACAGGUAAUUCAUGCUACAGAGUACAAAAUUAAGUAAAACUAUUUAAUAGGUAAGCUUGACUUUCCUGCACUUUAGAUCAAUUGGGAGUUUCUUUCAGAAAGAUUAAUCGAUAUUAACUACAUGUUUCGCCCCUAAAGAUGUAACUAACUGUUUGAACAUACAUCUAUGUGAUGGACCACAAACAGAUACAGUCCAUUGUAGUAUUUCUUUGAAAGGAAAGGAACUGCUGAAGGGGGAGUAGUAAACACAAUUUCUUCACCUGGAUCCAUAUGAGAAGGUUAUUAAUAGUAGCACUACUAGCAACACACAGUAAGAACUCCCCCUCUGCACUCUUAACUUCUCCUGCCUCCCCAGCAUCCUUAUGCAUGGAGCUGAGAACAUCAUUCACCUGAAGCUCAAGCACUGCUAGUGCUCGAGCAAAGUUCCCUUUGUUUGUGAACCUUGCGAUCCAUGUGCAGAUUCCCCUUGCAUCAUCCUUCAAACAUGGUGCGAAACCAUUGAAUGCUGACACAAAUAUAUGGAGACCCGAUUUGCAUGAUCUCCAUAGGAUCAUGCUCGACCCAUCUUGUAGUUCACAUCAAGAACUGAUAACAAAAGUUAGAAGUCAUCUCCUAACUGCAAGUUAAGGGACAACAAACAAUGGUACAAUAAUUUCAAGAAGAGAACUGCCAGCACUUUACAAACGAAGAGGACACUGCAUGCUACCGUGGCCAGAAUCAAAUAGCCUAGAACACAGCAACAUAAAGCAACUUUCAGUAUAGCACGUUUCACUUUUUGGCAUGUCGACUAAUACAUGGAAACAGAAGUGAAACAAAGAAGAUUAUUUAUGUUGCUUUGAAAGCUAGUACAGGAAGAAACAUCUGGUGAAGUGGACAGUCAGAAGAUUGUUAUUCCUAAAAGUGCAUCAAGAUAAUUAUAUUAGAAGUGUAUUAGAUUUGAAGGAAGGCCAGUCAUUGAUCAUGCAAUUUUCCAUGAACGUGUAGAAGGAAAACGGAAUAUCAAAACAAAGUCGGACUAAUCAUAUGACAAGAAAAUGGAAUUGUUGUAUAUCAAUCCUGCCGUAAUUGUAAUAGUGUUUGCGGUAGGCAUGGCCGCCCGCGCUGUUAGGGCAUGAAAACCCU